AUGGCAGAUGACAAAGAAGUGCAAGAACAGACAAUAGCCGAUGAGCAAGUACUGAAAAAGUACAAGGAAGCUGGAGUUUUAAAGCAGUUAAUUGAUUCAGUCAAACCUGGAGUAUCUGUGAAGGCAAUAUGUGAGAAAGGAGAUCGUUUUCUAACUCAAGAAACCGAAAAGAAAUAUAAAGAUGACAAGGAAAUGAAAAAAGGCAUUGCUUUUCCCACAUGUCUCUCAGUCAAUAACUGCAUUUGUCACUUUUCACCAUCAAAAAAUGAUCCGGACUUGAUUCUUAAAGAGGAAGAUCUUGUAAAGAUUGACUUGGGAGCACAUAUAGAUGGAUAUAUAGCUGUUGUUGCUUUCACAUUAGUGGUUGGAGCAUCACUCGAAAAGAAAGUCAAAGGUCGGAAAGCGGAUGUGAUUUUGGCUGCCUACAAUGCUGCUCAAGCAACAUUACGUUUGGUUAAAAACGGAAAAGGAAAUUACGAAGUUACAGAAGCGGUACAGAAAAUCGCCGAAUCUUUUAAGUGCAAACCGAUCGAAGGAAUGUUAAGUCAUCAACUUAAGCAAUUCAAAAUCGAUGGUGAAAAGACGAUCAUUCAAAAUCCAACAGCUGCUCAGAAAAAAGAACAUGAAAAGGUUGAAUUUGAGAAUUAUGAAGUGUAUGCCAUGGAUGUCCUUGUCUCUUCUGGAGAAGGUUCAGGAAAAGAAUUGGACACGAAAGUUUCCAUUUAUAAGAAAACUGAUGUGAAUUAUUUGUUAAAAUUAAAAGCAUCAAAAGCCUUUUAUGCAGAGGUGAAGAAGAAAUAUCAAAACAUGCCAUUCAAUUUAAGGAAUUUUGAGGAAGAAGCAAAGGCAAAAAUGGGUGUUGUUGAAUGUGUGUCACAUAAGCUUAUUGAACCUUUCCAAGUACUUUAUGAGAAACAUAAUGAAUUCGUUGCGCAAUUUAAAAGCACUCUCAUGUUGCUACCUAAUGGAACCAUUUUGGCAACUGGAAUCCCCAUUGAUCUUAAUCUUUAUGAAAGUGAAUAUUCUGUAAAGGACGAAGAGCUAGUAAAGCUUUUAGCUGAAAAUCCAAAUCUCGUCUCAGGGGCAUCAUCAUCGUCAUCAUCAAAGAACAAAAAGAAGAAAAAGAAGGCUGCAGGUGCUGUAGGCGAGAAUGCCAAUAAGGAAAAUCAAACUGAAAAAGAAACUCCUGCUGAUAAAAAAGAAUAA